GUAAACAAUCAGGUUUAUAGUUAUUGCCGAAACUAAAAUAUCCGGAAUUUUGAGGGCCAACUUUUAUCAUUACGAUUGCAUCUGUUUCAAAGGUAGACCAUGAAACACCGGGCGAUUCAGCUAGUAUACAAUAAUUGCAGAUCUUCCAUCGAAUCGAACUCUCAAAAUAGUUUUGCAUCGAAGUGUCGCAUAUCUGCAAGCCGCCUGGCAAAAGAACUAAAAACUGUUAUGGAAUGGUGCAGUUGCAAGUUGAAAGUUUCUUCUUAAAUGCUAAAGCUUAGUACAGAAGACGUAAAAUGAAAACCUGUUAAAACAAAACAUUUUCAGUGGUUUGAAACAAAAACUCAGUUUCUUCAUACAAGUGAAUGAAGAAUCCAUGGAAGCAAUCCACAUGACUAGUACUUGAAAACUAAGAAACAGAUAAUUCUUUCAAAUGUUCUUUUGUACGGAUUAAAAUACAAAAGAAGAGAAGGCUAUGUGAAUGACUAAAAAGAGAAAUUAGAUAAUACUUUAAGAAUGGUGUUUCUUUUAUUGGAAUGAUUUUGACUGAAAAGAAAAAAAAUCUAAACUUGAAGAUGUUGUUUAUUUUAUAGAGUAUAAUAUGAAGAGAAAAGUAUGAAUGACCGAAAACAGGAAAUAGAUAGCACUUUAAGAAUGUUCUUUCUUUUAUGGAGUAGAAGUGUAGAAAAACAUCUCAAAUGCUAAUAAAAUCCAAAUCCGCUCAUAAUACAGUAAAUAACAUUAAAAAGUGCAACUUUCAAGCAGCAUUAUUUUCUUAAUACUGCAUCCCAGCUGUUAUUGAGAGUGGAUGUAAUCAUUCCUUUUGCCACAGAAACUCACACGAGAAUGAACACAGGAGAAGGCUCAUUGUUUUGCAAGUUCUGUUCAAAGUCAUUCUCUGGGAGCGGAGACUUGACAAGGCAUUUAAGAACUCAUACUGGGGAGAAGCCUUAUUCUUGCGACCACUGCCAAAGGACAUUUGCCCAGAAAGGAACCCUAAUAAAUCACAUGAAGACGCACACUGGCGAGAAGCCAUUUACUUGUGAUUAUUGUGACAAGAAAUUUGGCCGAAAUCACCACUUGAAGAACCACUUGAGGAUACAUACGGGAGAGAAGCCGUAUGCAUGUAGUUUCUGUGACAAGACGUUUGUCAAGAACUAUAGUUUGAAAGUGCAUUUGAAGUCGCACAGGGAAGGGGAUCUUGAUGAGGGAUCACAAAAUGAAUGCAACGGAGAUUCAAGUCCAGCGGAAAAUGACUCUUGCAUCCCGGAGUCCAACUGUAGUAUGCAAAAUGAAGAUAAGUCGUAUGUUUGCACUUAUUGCGAAAAGACAUUCGCUUGGAGUGCGUAUCUGGAACGGCAUUUGAGGAUACAUACUGGUGAACGGCCAUAUACCUGCGAAUCCUGCCAAAAGACGUUCACUCAGAAAGGAGGUCUCAUGAAUCAUUUGACCACUCACACGGGAGAGAGGGCAUUUUCUUGUCAUUAUUGUCAAAAGACAUUCGUCAGGAAAGAUAACUUGAAAAUUCACUUGAGGACUCAUACCGGAGAAAGACCAUUUCUGUGCCAUUAUUGUAACAAAGGGUUUACGAAAAAUGACUUUUUGAAAAGUCAUUUGAGGAUACAUAUUGGGGAAAAGCCAUACUCUUGCGAUGUGUGUCAAAUGACAUUUGCUCAAAAAUCUAAUCUUAAUCGGCAUUUUAAAAUGCAUAUUCCUAAAAAGUCAAAGUUCACGAAGUCUGCAUGUGAGGAGGAUAUUUGUGUAGAAAAAUAGCUUAAGAAUCCGCUUGAAGCAACUAAGAGCUCUUUUUAACUGUACACAAGUAAACGAACUGAACAGCGCAUAAGAGAAUGCACAUAACAGUACGUAAAGAAAAUUAACAUAACAGCAAGUUAUGAAAUAGGUCUUGAGAAAAAUUACCUAACACAUCAAUCACUAUUAUUUAUCUUUAAAGUUAAGACUAAGCGUUCCUUUUUCUUUUUAAAAAGUAUGAAAAAGGCUUAAUGUUUUGUAAAAAUGCUGCUAAGAACAGAAAAAUAAAUGAAUAAAUAAAGCAGGGAAAAGGUUAAUAAUUGAAUAAAUAGUGAAAAAUAGAAAUAUCAAUAUGGGGAAAUAUCUCUCAAUCUGUGUAAAGUUUUAUCUAGUUAAGUGGUUGUUAUUUGUUAAAAGAUAAAUAAAUAUUCUAACAUUGAGAAAGAUUGAAUUUCAUGUGGUUUUUAUAUGUUAUGUAUAAAUAAUUUCCUUUUCACAUGAGGGAGAAGUUUUGAUUUUAAAAAAUUGUUUCCGUGCUUCAAAAACUCCAUUUGAAUUAAUUUUUAGGGUUAUGCAACUAAGUAUAUACCUGGCGUUAGAAAAUACAUGUUGGUCUGCAGGAACGUAGGCUCGUUUAGCUCUGAACAAACUUUUUGUUUUGCUUUGGAAUGUGUGCUUAAAGUAUAUCAAGAUCAUUUGCCUGAUUACUUCUCAACGCGAUCAUAUAAAAUACAAAUUAUGUAA